CGAUCGUUAGUUGUGUUGUACGCAUUGAGAGAGCAACAUCGCGUGCUCUAUAUACAAAGAUUAUUGUCGAGCUGCGGUAAAUUUCUUGUUUGUCAAAGUGAUUAAAGAGAGAAAAAAAACUUCAUAUCAGUGAGAAAUUUUGUAUUAGUUCUUUGCAAUUAAAUCUGGCAAUUACACAAUGACAAGGUGAAAUAAAUCGAUCGAUUACUGUAAGGCACACGAGCAUGUCAUCGGACACUGUCAGCUCUCAGACCUCACGGAAGGCGAUGCUUGAGACCAGUAGGAGAUCCGCUAUAAGUACAUCCGAGUUAGGACUCUAUUCUGAUCGCGGAGAUCGAUAUAACAGGAGUCGAUACGGUCUGAUCGUAAAAAAGCUCGCGAUCGUAGUUAUGGUGGUGGUAACGGUAAUAUUGGUGGCAAUAUUUAUGUACGAUUUUACAUCGGUUACAUCAGGAAACAGUAAGAUCAAUCAGGAAACAAAGCACAUAUAUAUCCUACAAAAUGCUCUUAAAAAAUCAAUCAAUCUCUCGAGAAAAUCCGCGAACUCGACUAUUCCAUUUGAUGCGGCGAUCAAUCGUGCGAACAAUCUUUCCAUAGAAGAUCGUUCGGACGAUGAGGGCUACGAAGGUUUUAUGCAACAACAAAACGCAACGGGCGACAUGUUGCCGGUCGAGACUCGCAUUGUGAUACCGAGCGAACCCGAGAUGAGAGCGCAGAAUCUCCACAAUUUCAAACAGAGAAAGAGAGUCAUGAAAUCCGUAGAAGAUGCGAAUGAAAACGAAGAGCCUGAAGCAAAGCAAUUGUUUGACAAUCACGCAAUCAUGUAUCGAGUGAGACAAAGAUACAAACAUCCGGAUUCUGACGAAGACGAAAGCAUGGAAGAGGCUCAGCCGACGCCGUUUCACUGGGAGUUUAAAACACCGUAUCCGUCGUCGUUCAAACGGUCGAGAUAUCCGCAGCUAUCGCAAUAUCGAUAUCCGCAGUCGUCCAAGAACAUCCAGGAUAUCAUCAAGUAUCUGACAACUGAAGCUGAUCGAGGUAUCAAGUUCACAGGCGUUUACGUAAAUCCGAAAAAGUACGAUAUGAUCCCAGGUCUCGGUGAGAUGAUGUCGAGCAGCGAUAAAUCCGAAGAGGACGAGACGCCUUACUAUUCGAGCAAUGCGUACAAUAACGAUCCCUUUUAUCAAUAUAAACCGAAACAUCCAGCGGACGUUAAUCUCUUGGCCACGUCUAACGUGAGAUUUGCACCGACCGGACUACACCGUUACAGUCCUCACUACAAUUCUUUGUACUCCCAACCUUUGUUCAAUUACAACAAACCGACCCUAACGGAACCGCAGUACGAGAACGUCGGUUCCUACUCGACGAAUAGUUUGGGAAAAAACCGGAAGCCGAAACCGUUCAGUGUGAUGCUCGACAUUUAUCCUAUCACCGACAUUGUUGAGCAGAAUAAGAAGAACUCGUGGCUCAAGCCGCAAACACCCGCCGUGGACGAUUACGAACCCCGAAGACCCUUCCAAUUCAAUCGCGGGCCAAAAUUUUACGCAUCACAUCCGCAACCGAUCCCAAUUGUCGCGAUGCCGAGCCCUACGACCCUACCGGAAGAAGAGGAAAGACAACAGAUGAUAUUUCAUCUGAACUUGUAUCCACGAAAAAAAAAUAAACUCAACAGACACGAUAUCAUCCAUAGAUCGGAAUUGAUGAGACCCGAGGAACGACAGCAAUUCGCAAAGAAGAUAAUGACUCCCUUGGAAUCGAUCGCCAAACAUUUGACCGAUCAUUCCGCGAUCGAAGAAGCGAAGUUCGAAGAAGAGAAUCGAAACACAGAGGCAAAGAGUUUACCGUUGACGCGAUAUCAGGAGAUUAAUCUCGACGAUAAAAACGAGAAGAAUGUUAGUCUCGAAAUGGAUAAUGAUUCAGAAGCAUACGUAGAACCUUAUAAUGAGGAUGACAGCAUUAAAGAGGAUAUUACGGUGCCGCCAAAUCAUAAAGUAAGCGUCGACGAGGAUUAUGCCAGCACGGAGAAAUAUGAAAUUGACGCGCAAAAACUGAUAGUAACUACGGAGAAGGAUUGUGCAAAUUGCGACAACACAACGGUGAUCGACAACCCGAAGGCCGACACAAACAAAAGUAUGGAUCUUUCGAAGGAUAUCGAUACCACCGAAGGGUCGUAAACCACGACGUUUCAAUCGCGAUCUCCCACGCCAAAGUGAAAGUAUCAGAAACAUCGAAGAGUGAGUUUUUUUUCACACACAUAAGAAGGCUAUCAAAAUUCUUUGAUAAUUUACUCACUUAUGGGAUAUAUAUUCUGGUAUUACGUAAGCGGAAAAGACGUACGCGCGAUGUUGUUAUUUAAAUUAAAAUGUACUUUUACAGUAUGAUUUAGGUAUGAUGCAAUAUUGUUAUAUUUUGUUUAAUAAAAUAUACUUUAGUUGUUCUCUUAAUUUUGUUUGAGAUUUA